UUUUGUUAGAUUUCGGAAGAUUAUAUUAAGACAUUGAAACAACCUGCAAUCAUAAGAUGGAGAAAGUAGUAAAAAAAAAUUAGUAAUAUUUUGGAGUUAAAUUCCAUUUAUUUUUAACUUUUUGGUUAUGAAUUCUCUUUCUACUUUGAGUUAUUAGUGUGAAUAUGUUUGGUGUUGCUAUAAAAUUAUUAUCAAGCACUAAUCAUCUGCUUACUAGACUGAAGAAACCAAUGUAAUUUAAGUAUAUGUCAAUGUAUUUUAAUUAUUUUAUUUGCAUCAAGAUAUCAAAGUUUUUAUUAUUUAUAAUAUCCAGUAUUAGUUGAAGGCUCUAUUGGGGUUGGGGCAAUACUGCAUACCCAAAUCUUAGAUUCUUUGUCGAUUUGACAUGAUGUUGCAACCACCAAAGUCGCCACCGCCAUCAAGCGAAUCGAAAUACAGUGAGCCGUCGGUGAAGAAACAAAAGGUGAAUGAAGAGGAAGAUGCAGAAGGUGAAAAGCCACAGCUGCCAUCAUCACCACCACCAUCACAAGGUGAAAAUGAAAGUGAAUUCGACUCGAGCGAAUCGGAGAACUUCUUGAGCAGCGAAUCAGAUGCAGAUGAAGAAUCGAGCGAUUUUAAAACUUUGGAUCCAUUACCUAUGGAUGGAAGCCACAUCAAAUGCCACCAUUUUCUUCCCCACAAAGAUGUAGGGUAUUUUCCGAAUCCCGGGGAUAUAGAGUGCUGGAACAAGUAUGUGGACCAGAUCGAGGAGAGCGAGGGAUUUGACAUUAAAGAUUAUCCUAGUUCGGUUCCAUUCCGUUCCAUAACCCCGAUGUGGUACUACUUGGAAGAUCUCGAGAACGUUAAAUUGAUGAAGGGUUAUGCCGCACAGGCACUUGAACGGUACAACAAAAAACAUGGCACUACAUAUGAGGUCAAUGAGAUUAUCAGGGUUAACGAAGAUGGCUGUAGAGACGUAACUUACUAUAUAACCCUUUCGGUCAAGAAUGGCGAGUCGGAAUAUUUUCAAGUUAAGGUGGUGGACCGUCUACAUAAAUCUUUGAAGGUCCUUAUCGUCAGGCCAAGGGUGAAGGGUAGUGAUGGCAUAUCUUUGAUGUGAAGUGUGUGCCUCAAUGGUUUAGUUUCUAGUAACUGACAAUGGAUUAUCAAAGUCUAGUGUGAAAAGUAUAAAGAACUACUGUGGCUGACCUUUGUUAUAAUUUAUGGAAAAGAUUGCUCUUUUAAGUUAAA